AUGGGCGUCCCAGCCGGGGGCUUUAGCUUCACCUCGGCUCUAUUUACACACCAUGCACUGCAGUGGAUCUGGGCAUAUACCGUUGAUAUCCAGCCGCGACUUUGGAGUGCCGACAUGUGGCAGACAGCCUGGCGAGGCGCGCGCAGACCGCCAGUGCCGUGCCCCCUAGGCGCAAGGGUGCGGGCGCCUGCGCAGGUUGUGUCUCCUAGUGCUCCAGAGGGGCGCGCGUGGCGGCAUACUACGGCGCAAGAGCACGCCGAGGCAGGCCCUUCCGCGCAGCCGGCGCUGGUUUCUCGGCCCCGCCCGAAGCGUUCGAGCAAAGCGUCACACCUCGCGCAAGUAGCGCAAGGCACACAAAUGGCUCUGCAGAAAAUGGAGCAGAACGUCACAGGAACUAGUGCAGCAGCGCACAUUGACGCCAUCUUGGAGCAGGUGGACUCGUGCCUGUACACUGAGCCGACACGCGAAGAACGCGCCCGUCUGCGCCACGACGUCGGAAAGCGCCUGCUCGCUGCCGGCGCGGAAGACGCAGCUCGUAUUGAGGCAACCGUACUUAUGGGCCAUUGGGACCAUGCAUUUGCGCAGUUGCGGCGCCUCCUUGAGCAAAAAGCGUCGGCCCUGCAGCAGGCGCAAGAGCGCCUCCUCCGAGGGCGCCACCUCUACAGCCGCGACAAUGCGGACCUUCACACCGCGUACCGCGCGGCCAAGGCAGUAUUUACGGCCCUGGCCGAAGAAUGCGCGCACGAAAAGACACACACAACCUACCGUGGCGUUGCUGCCGCGCGCGCAGCGGCCUUUUUGCAGACCACGCCACGUGUCUGGGCCCUGUUACAACCACCAUUCCCCAAAGUCAUCCAUGCCGUGUACACGCUACUAGCCUCCCUCAAGGAUCCGCGCGCACAUGUGCAGACCAUACUGCACACGGCGCGGCCUGCCGCCGAGCGCGCGCAGUACGCCGGUAUUGUGGCACUGGCGCUAGCGAACCGCGGGGCAUCGCAGGUGGCGGCCGGGAUCGUGGCCGAGAUCCUCGAUGCGCAGCUUGUGCCGCACGAGUCGGUCGUCCGCCGCGUGCUCCGUAUGCUUGCACCCACGAAGCAGCACGAGCUAGCCAAGCCGCUCGUGCAGUGGCUUGAGCAGCGCGGCACCAGUGCCUCCUCGCUGCGAUGGCUCGCCCUGUAUUAUGCAGAGCUGGGGGACACAGAGGCGAUGGAGCGGGUCCUUGUGCGCCUCACGCCCACCGCCUCGCUUACGUCGUACGCGCACUUGGUAUGUGAGGCGAGCCGCGGCGAUGUUGCAGCUGUGACGCAGCGGAUCGCCGUACCGACGAGCGAGGAAGAGGCAUUUUGGCUGCUGCGCGCACAUGUGCGGCAGGAUGAUGCAAGUGGCGCCCGCAAUGUAUUCCGGGCCGUAUCGAGCGUGUACGACUCGGAGCGGCUGUACAGUGAGAUGGCCCGCAUGGCUGCGAAGCUGGGCGACGCUGCGGCCGUUUUGGACCUGACGGCGCAGCUCGAGGGGGCGGGGCUCGUGUGCUCUGCGACGACCUUGACGUACAUGGUGCAGGCGCUGGGCCGUGCUCAGCUCCCUGAAAAAGCCGCGGCACUGAUUGCGCGACAUGCGUCGCGGGGCACGCGCAUUGAGCGCCGGGUGUAUGCGGCGCUGAUGGAUGCAUACAUCCAAGUGGGCCACUAUCCGGCGGUGUUGGGCAUAUACCAGUGGCUUCAGUCGCAGCACGAUGCUGCGCUGCAGCCCGACGCGAGCGUGUACAACACGCUACUCAAGGCGCAUGUGCGUCGUGGCACGCCGGUGGCGCAGGUGCUCCAGUGCCUCAUGGAUAUGCAGCGCUUGGGCCUCACGCCUGAUGCGCGUACCUAUGCGCUGGCGGUGCAGAGUGCGUGUGACAGUGGACGUCUGUCACUGGCCGAGGAGCUGUUUGAGCUUGCUGACCGCGCGCUGGUGCACGGUGCAUCGCUGGCGCUGCACACGAUCCUGAUCCAUGCGUAUUUGCGGGCGGGGCAGACGCAGCGCGCGCGCGAGCUGUGGGAUCAGAUCCAUACUCGCGGCAUGGAGCCGAGCCACGUCACGCUGGGUGUGCUGAUCCAGAGCUAUGCUGGUGGCACAGAGUCGAGCCUGGAGAUUGCGCAGGAACUCGCGUGGAAACGCUCCGAGGAGGCGCAGGUCCAGCGCACUACAAGUACAUGGAAAACGCCGGCGUUGGAGCAGGGCGCGGCGCUGGAGGACCUGCUUGUCCCGCUCAUGGACGCGCAUGGCCAGCGCGGCGAUGCUUGGGCUGCCGAGCACGUGUUCCACCGCCUGCUGAACGCAGGUGAACCGGUGUCGAUACGCGCACUUACGUCGCUGAUGAAUGCGUACCGAUACGCAGGCGACGUGGACGGCGUGAUGCGCCUGUGGGACGAGUGCUGUGAUGUGCUCGUGCCGCGUGCCAAGGCGCAGGUGACCGCCGCGGACGCGCUGACGACGAGUGCCUCGUCGACGACGCUGGGCUCGUUCCAGCAGAGCAUGCUGUGUCUCCCACUAUCGAUUGCGAUCCAAACGGCGUCGCGUGCUGGCGCUCAUGACAAGGUCGCGGAGAUCUGGACACGUGCACAGGAUGCUGGAUUGGCGUUCGAUGCCCAAAACUGGAACCACCUUUGUGUUGCGCUUGCGCGCGCCGACCGCCUUCCCGAGGCGCUGCAGAUCCUGGAAACCGUGCUGACCGAACCGACACCGGCAUGGAAUGAGCUCAAGCAUCAUAUGGAGUGGCCCGAUGACAGGACGCUGAGCGAGCGCCUUGAGCGGAACGAAAACGACCAAGCGGCGUUUGCCGCGAACCCGCUGCACCAGGUCAUGCCCGAGCAGAGUGCGAAGCUGUUCGGGCCGGUGGUACCGCCCUUCCGGCGUCCUUCCCAGCACAUUAUGCCGAAAGAGAGCCACAGCCUUGAUCCGGGAGCUCGUUUGCACGACGUGCUCCUCCUACCGCAGCGGCAGUGGUUCCCAGCCUACGAGACGCUACGUGCAAUACUCUCAGCAUGGCAAAACAGCAAAACCAUGCGUGAUACGCUUCAGAAACAGUUCCCUAAUGCCUGUGCCCGCAUCAGUGCCUUUGAGCGCAAGUGGCACGCGUGGGAACGGCGCCAGGACGACCGCCGUGCCGCCUGA